GGAUUCUAAUUCCGCAAUUCAGAUUAAAAAGUCAAAUGAAUGGAAAAACUCACUACUACAAACGUCUUUAAAAUAAAAAUAGACAAUGGCAUCACCGACAACAUCGCCGGGAAGCCAACCGCCGUGGGAACCAUAUCGAAUUACGCAUUUGAAACCGUCUUUCGACAGUAACGAGAUGACUCUUGCAUGUCGGAAGAAUCUGUGGCACAAAUUCAUCAUCUUCGACGGCGCGUUACAUAGGCGAAAUAUUGUUUUACGUUCUGUAAUAACUGCCUGUGAACCGGCGCUUCUGCUACCGAUUAUGUAUUCCAUUGAAAACAAGAACAAAAGCACGUUCCUCGCAAAGUGUGCCAGCAAUGCCAUAGAGAAUCUUGUGAAACAGGGAUUGUGUGUAACGCUGCCAGGUGGUCAGGAGGUUCGCAUUGACAUCAUAUUGGGAUUUCUUAGUGCUCAGGAGCUACGAGUGAAUACAAAUAAGAUCAUAGCAGAGGCCCUGCAUGCCAGAUAUGAGCCAGUGAAGAAAAUAUUCAAUCUAGACGACUUUGAAAAUGAGAAGGCACUAGGUUCGAUAUUCUGUCCUAUUUCCAUACCAAAGAUCUUCGAUCUAGUUCUACGUUGUAGUAAAACAGGUAUCAUAAGCUCUCGCGAGGCCCAGCAAUUACGGUUGCCUGUCCGUGAGUUGAGCCUGAGGUACAAUAGGCUCACAGCUAUCAUUCUGUUCGACAAGUUUUUCAGUUAUCAUUUAACCAAGCUGGACUUACGACACAAUCAGAUACAAGACGUGGAAUAUCUACGUUAUUUCUAUGAGUUUAAGAUAAGCGAACUUUGGUUGGAUGGCAAUCCACUGUGCGCAAAUUACUCCAACUCUCAGGAUUAUAUACAGGCUGUAAAGAAUGUUUUUCCACAUUUGCAAACAUUAGACGGUAUCGUCAUAGGAAUGGAGAACAAAUUUGUACCAAAUAUAAUAAGCAAUUAUCUCGGGAAUGGAACAAAGAUUCCUCUGAUCAGACAAUUUGUCAAGCAUUUCUUUACGCUAUAUGACCAAGAGAAUAGAAUAAUUAUGAACGGUCUAUAUGACAAAAACGCUUUCUAUUCAAUGACGUUAGGUAGUAUGACGAGUCAAUUACAUAAAGAAAUAGUCAAGACGUUUUCCACAAACAGAAAUUUGUUGAAGUUUGUCGAUUACGCCAAAUGUCAUGAAUUUUUAUUUUGGGGACCUGAGAAGAUAAUCACUGCUCUUCAGCGACAACCGCCGACAAUGCAUGAUUUUAAGACAUUUCAUAUAGACUUGUUGCAUGAAGGGGACAAUCAUAUAGCUAUCUCUGUGCAAGGGUUAUUUUCAUAUCGAAUAUUAAUCUGCCCGCCUAUGCUGUUCAACAGGACUUUCAUUAUUAUGCGAAAAGAAGACAAUGAAUAUUGCAUAGUUAACGAUCAAUAUUACAUUGAUGGUACACCCGCCAUUGUAUCUAACGAAGUGAAAUUUGAUCCAAAACCCAUAUCCAAAUUUAUUCCGACAGUACUAAGCGUAUCAGAAAAGGAACAAUUACUUAGAUUUUUACGUGAGCUUACCACGAUGAAUAUUCGAUAUUGUUAUAAAUACCUUGAGGAGGCAGAAUGGAAUAUAAGAAAUGCAAUCACUACAUUUAUAAAGAAUUAUUCAGUUAAUGAUAUUUCUCCAGAAGCUUUUCAAUAAACUUAAAUUUAAACAGACUUUGAUAUAAAAAAAGAAUAGCUUUAUUAUAAAUAGAUAGCAUAUGUAAAAGUUGUGUUUGUAAAAGUAAAAAAAAAUAAACGAAAAAAAUU